GCAGUUGGCAUUUGCAUUUGUCUGCUUCAUCUUUCCCCUCCCCUAUCACAUCUCUCUCUGCUGCACAUCCAUCCCUCAACCUCCAUUUUUCUUUCUCUCCGCCAUCCAACCUUCCUACUACCACCACCUUCCUCUCCGAUAUUCCCCGUCGCUGCUUAAUCUCUCCUACUACCUACCUCCAUCCGCCCUUGUUCGACGACAUCACUCGGCAUCCGAACUUAUACCCCCGCCACCUCAACCCGCUUCCUCCACCUCCGUCCACCCUUCUUCUAUUGCCCUCGCCAAACUCGAGCUCUUAGUCGCCGUAACACGUUCUUCCUUGUCUCAUUGAACUAAGCAAGUGGUCUCCUUGGGUUGUGCCGUCGUCUUUCCCGCGCUCUUUGUUCCUCCCGCAUGACCGCUCGUGUCUCGGGCAGUCACACCCGCCGUCAUGGAUAAUGCCAACCUGUGGACUCGUCGAGCAAACUCCUCCAAAUUGUCCCUGUCCAUGUCCGGGACCGACGGCAAGGACGGUGCCCGCGUUGAACUGCCCCGCCCAUCCAAACGUUUUGGCCCUGACAGUUCCCACGGCCGCUCAAAUCCUUUCAAUGCCAUCUCGCCACUAUCCGCUGGCGUCUCCUCGCCCUCGACCAAUGCCUCGUCUGCAUUCGGGCUCGGCUCCGGCGCUUUCGCAUCGUUCGGCGCGCCCAAGACACCGGGUGGUUCAUCAGAGGUUAAAACCCCGGGAGAGAAGCGCGAUCUCUCGACAGAGCAGGAAGAUCUGAUGAGGUCUAAGUCCCACGCCAACGGUUCCGCUGGUCCCGGAGAGCAUGGGUUGAAGUCCACCUGGAUCGUCUGGUACCGCCCGCCCACACCCAAGUACUCCGACUAUGAAAAGUCGACGGUACCGCUCGCCUCGAUAUCCUCGGUAGAGAGCUUCUGGGCAGUCUAUUCGCAUCUCAAGCGGCCUUCGCUCCUCCCGACGGUGUCGGACUACCACAUCUUCAAGAAGGGUAUCCGUCCUGUGUGGGAGGACGAGGCCAACAAGCGAGGUGGCAAGUGGAUUGUUCGGCUGAAGAAGGGUGUCGCCGAUCGGUACUGGGAGGAUCUGCUGCUUGCUCUGGUGGGUGACCAGUUCGCCGAGGCUGGUGACGAAGUCUGUGGUGCCGUGUUGAGCGUGCGGGGUGGCGAGGACGUGUUGAGUGUGUGGACCAAGAACGAUGGCGGGCGGAACAUUAAGAUCAGAGAAACGAUCAAGCGCAUGCUCGCCUUCCCCGCAGACACCAACAUCGUCUGGAAGAGCCACGAUGACAGCAUUGCUCAGCGCUCCGCCAUUGACCAGGCCCGCCACGAAAAGUCCCAAACCUCCGGCUCCAACCCAACGGGUCAGCGACGCACCGGCCACGACGAUUCGGAUAAAGGCAAGGGAGCCGCCGUCCUGUAAAGCCUGGUCUCAGCAUUCUCGGCCUUGAGCCCUGUAUAGUAAAGCUAACCAAAAAACAUAUUAUGCACAAUUUACUACUCAUUGGGACGCGUUUGGGUCUGGGGGGACGGUGGGCAUCGAGGCGAACUCAGCGGGUUUGAUUUGUUUUAUGUCUUGGGUGAAGCUUAUGUCUCUGUUCUCUUUUUUUUCUUCGCCUUGAGCUUACGUGCGAUGCUUCUAUUGUUUCUUUUUUUUUUUUCCCUCUUUACCUCUACUAUUCUUUGCACAACAAAACCACUGCAGCAUUGACUGCAGCCGGCGUACUUUGCCUGGAUGUCCAAAUAGCUCUCUGUUUUGCGAGUUACCUUUGACGGUGGCUCCUGAUAACCACCUAUGACUGAUAGCUCUCUGAUGCAUUCAAUGAAACUCUAAGACUCAACCCGUUC